GUCCGACGCCAGGUUUCGGACGCGGUUCGAUGCCGGAAUUCGUACCCCGUCGAACGCCGGAUUUCGGACCCCGUCCGACGAGAGAUUUCGGACGCCGUCCGAACUCCGGGUCGGACCGCGGCUUCAGGCAAGAACUCCGGUGUCAGAGUGCUUCUUCUAUCCAAAGUCGGAACCAUCUCGCCGGCCACCCUAAAUCGCAUGGGAAACGAUGCUGCCAACGAUCCGGAUUUGAAACCAUCGCUCCUACCUUCUCCCUGUUAUUGUUUUCGGUCUGUGCUGGGAUUGGAUUAGUGAACGAAGAAGAUGAUGAUGGUGAACGCUGAGCCGAUGCCAAGAAUAGGGAACAAGAACGACGAAGAUGAUGAUUCCACGACGGGGCAGGGGAUGAAGAUAAAGUUUCAGUCACAGGCAAAGGAAAAAGACGACGGGAAGGCUAGCUAGCUGAGGGAGGAAAUCGUGGUGGUAGGGUGGUUUGCGGUCGGCGACAAACUUCUCCGCCGUGAGGGAGGUAAGUUUCGGCGGUCGUUGGAUGGUUUGUGGGAUAGGGUUUGUCCAAAGGGCAGGGUUUAAAAAGGGUAAAAGUGUAAUUUUUUUUGUAAAAAUACAAGCGGCAAAUAGUAAAUUUACUAGCGGCAAAUAGUAGUUCAGUAAAAAAGGCAGUGGUUACACACUAUGUUGUCACUAGCUCUAGUAUCUAGAAUCCAUGUAUUAUUGUCAUAGACAUUAUUUGAAAUGGAGAGAGUGAUGUUACCUGUCAUUGGAUUCUUUCCAUUGUUUCUGACAGUGAUUGAGUUGACUUGAGCAUUCGGAGUUUGUUAGAACCUGAACUUCCUCCAAGUGCCUGCUACAUACUAGGUUGAUUGAAACAAACAUUACAAACAUGAAUAAAUAAUAUUACAAAUCGAUUUUACAAAUAUCACAAACAAGAUUAAGAAACAUUACAAAUUAGAACGACAAAACCUUGAAUUUUUUUUUGUGUCUUACCAUUUCUGUGAAUCACACCACUCUUGUAAAAAAUUGUGGGGCAUGUAGUUUUGAAUUUUGUAGCCAAACCUGACCAUUAGAAUAUAAAUAGCGCCUAAUUGGUAUAAGGUGUCCAGUGGGUUGUGGGCGUCUCUACGGUGAGUUCCCUGCACCCUAGCGGAUCGCCUUCAAUGGAUCCUUACUUUCGAUAUUGGCCGUCGAUUUCUUCAAAACAGAAAAUACGAUGAAUCUCCUCUGGUUCUCCCCCAAUUUCCCUACGAAGACACGAUGUAGGCUAGGCAAGUCACCAAACCUUCUCCCUUUCCUCUCCUCCACCGGUGUUUUGUCUCCCAGAGAAGAGAUCAGUACAUUCGUCUCUGCAUCAUCCUUGCAACGCCGAUUACAUGAGUCGCUUCGCCGUUGAUUCCUUUGGUUGGGUGCACGAGGGUUUCAGUUUUUUUCUUCAGCAGUUUCUGGGUUCUGGUGCUGCGGCUUCUCCUCUUGGAUCUGGAAGGAGCGCAGUUGAAUUAGACCAGAGGCCCGAAAUCGAUUUGUUUUAGAAAGGAGAAGAGGUCGUUUUCUCCAUUUUUCAGCUGACCGUUGCCACGGUCUGACCUGGUGAGACCUUGAUUCAUAAGAGGGGAAAUCAAAGCGACCAAGUCAUGAACCCGCUGAUUUCUGCCGACAACCAUCUGGCCAACAUAGUGUACCGACUUGACACAAAGGACUUUGAUUGGAUUCAGAUUGGAGGGGUUGGAUGGUCGAAAUGGAGACUUAGCAGCUUCAACUUAGUAGCAGCUUGAUUCAUUGGGCGAUCUAGAGAGGCAGAGGGAGGUAAGAAGGGUCAUAUCACUGAAAUUUAAUUUCUUGAGGCCUUCUCAGUUAAACUAGAAAUAAUUGUUACCUGAAUUAGCUUGCCAUGCAUAUAAUUUGAACUUGAGGAUGUUCCUUUUGGGUUUUAUUUGAUAAAGUAAACCGUUCAUAAAAGCUUAAUUGGAACCUUGAUAGGUGUCAUUAAUAGUCAAUGGAUGUUUUGGUCGCAUGCCCCUUCCAUGCGAUUCAUAUUUUGAUUUUGUAAUCUUUACAUGAGAUUUGCAAUGGAAUUUAUUAUAUCUUUCAAUCCUUCCUCAUGCUUGAUUCUAGAGAAAAGAAAUUGGAGAUAGAAUCUUGCAAAUUGGAAUAACAAAGUUAAGCAGUGGUAUAUUUUGAAUUCAGUGUGGAAAUAUCAUUCUUCCAUAGAGCUCAAUCUGUCUUGCAGAUUCUUCUAUUCAUUCACUUGAUGAGCUGCUAAUGGCCUCUUUCAAAUUGAUAAACUUUUCAAUAGAUUAGGUCUAUUAUGUGCUAUAUAGUUGUUUCUGCUAUUCUCAUUGUGUAUCUUAUGCAUUUUCUCUUAGCUUCUGCUAACACAUUAACCAUAAACCCUUACUUCCACGGGAAGUUGUUUAACAGGCUAUUAGGCUGGACUUCAUUGCUAUUAUUCUCUCAUUGUCUUGAUUGCAGGCUAUCACUAAACUUGGGACCAAUGAUAUUGCUAGGAAGCUGAGGAAAAGCUGAUUUGUCAUAGGUGUUGAUUCUUGCUUCAUAAUUGUAGUUUGAUGUCAUCAAUUCGUGUGGGAUUUGGUUACCGUUAGGCAUAUAUAGGUAGAAGUGAAUGGGCUAGGAAGUUAUGAAAAGCAAGAACUGUAUGAGUGUGUAAGGAUUGACAGACAUUGCAGUUAACCAUGGAAGUUUACAUUAGUACCAAGUGAAAUCAAAUUUUAUAAACUGUCUAAUAUCUU